UUCUCUGCAGUUUGUUCUCGUGUAACUGUAGUAAAAUGUGUGUGUUUACAGACUAUUUAUAUACGGUACACCGGUCCUCCAGAGCUGUGUGUGGUGCUGUCUCGCCUCUGCCUCUCUGUAAUAAAAAAAAUCUUCUGCCUUAUUUUCUUCCAUUGCGUUUCUCCAACACCACCAGCAGCAGUAACGGAUUCAACAGGCCAAGGCAGCCGCUGCACAGUGGCCGCAGACCGGCUACAUUUCUAACGAGGAGCCGGCUGCAGGUGGAAGUGGAGCUGGCGGCGGAGAGCGGGCGACGCGUCCGCCUGAUGGAUGCUAGAUUACCGGCCCGUUCCUCCGGGGAAGAGCCGGGGCUGCGGAUGAAACCCUAAAAACAAGUGCGACACACACACACACACACAUACACUCACAGACACACACACGCACACCAUAUAAACAGGCCUGUCUGGCUCGCUGCUCGGCAACUUUGCGUGCGCGUCUUUGCGCACGGGAUCGGAAGCAGAUACAGAGGUGAGGCUACUGCUGCUUCUACCCUUAUUAUUAAUGCGAGGGGGAGACAGGAGGGCGACGCGCUGUCAGACGAGGAAGUUUGUUUCCGGACACGCACGCAUACACUUAUCACACCCGUCGUCUGAGGCUCAUCUGGCUGAAAACAUGCGCUUCUCCGCGGCGGAAACACAGGGACGCAGGCCGGAGUGAAGCUGCUAGAGGAGGCCAAGCACUAAGGUAGGAGCAGGAGUAGCAGGAGGUGAAAGGGUGUGUGUGGAGCACCAACGCUGACUAUACAAUUUGUCCAGAAACGUCACCUCAUAAUCUGAUAUUUUACGCGUUUAGCUCUCAUUGUUCAACAUAUGUUUCAUUCACAUUCACAUUUUCAACAGUCACAUGGUUGUUUUGUUUUGGGCCUAAUAUUGCGUUUUAUUGUCACACACGCCGCCGUGGUCGUGUACAGGCAGCUGCGGUGCCAGAUGUGAGCGCAGCUGCGUGGAGCGGCACCUGCUGCGCGCCCCGAAUGUUUUUGGGUCAUCAAUUAAUCCUACCCACUUUCUAAUCUAUUCACAAACACACAGACGUCCACUUGUCUGAGAUAGAUAAAUGCAGAAAUUUUAAUUUGGUCGCAAUUGAAAAAAAAAAUUAGAAAUACUUUAUCACGACCACUGUGUGGCGCUUUAGCCAUGAAACAAAUCUAACUCGCUCUUGAUUUAGUCAAGCCAUAUAUACUGCGGAAAUUAAUCUCGUUUAUAAUUUGUUUUAAUCAUUUAUCCAAGAGUGGUUUUUCAAAAGGGCAGAGCAACGAAUGACAUAGAAUGUGUGUUCACUUUUGUCCAGUCAUUAAAAAAAUUUAAAUCUUGUCUCCAACAAUAACAACCCUACAAGGUAAGUGUUUGAGUUUGGCUUAUAAAUAUUCAUGUGCAUGAAUAAAUUAUAUUUUUAAUUUGUAUUUUGUUCUAUUAAGUUUUAGGAAGUUUUCUCAAAAUGUGGUUGGUAGUAGACACUUCUGAUCUUGGAUUCAAUUUGACCCCCGCCCCCUCUUCUGUUGCUGUUGUUUUCUUCCUUUCUUCACCCCUCUCCCCUCUGCCCUCCCCCUUUCCUCCCUCUCUCUCUCUGUCUUCCAGUGCUAACCUGUUGAAGAAUGGAGCCAAAUCCUCCUCAUCAGAACCAUUCCGUUUGUUCCGAGGGCAUCAGUGGGGUCGCGCCCCCUCAGGCCCCUCCCACUUCCACACCUGACUCCAACACAUCUUCCUCCACCACGCCCACCACACCCAUCCCUCCUCGUCUCACCCCCAACCCUUUGCUUCUUGACUCCCCCGUGUCUGCGUCCACACCCACCACAUCCUCCCCUCCUCCCCCUCUCACCCCCGCCCCCUCCGUCUCCUCAUCUCACGGGCCAAAGUCAGCAGGCACGGUGACAUCUCCCCACAUUCUGGUUCCAGCACCUCCUAAACUCACCCCUACUGCCACACCUACCCUCAGGACCUACUCCCGCCCCAUCCUUCCCUCACCCUCCGUCUCUAAAACACCCCCUUCAGCUCACUCCUCAGCUGCUACUGCUGCCCACGCCAUCACCGCCUCCGCCUCUCCCCUCGUCUCCUCCUCCUCCGCUCCGUCUACUACACAGACAUCAGCGGCUGUCAGCACCUCCUCCAAGACCUCCACCAGCCUGACCAAUGGAAUCACCAGGCCCGUGUCCACGCCCACCUCCACACAAAUCACACCAUUUCACACACCAGCAAGUCCACCAGGCAGACAGGCGCCACAGUCACACCCUGCAGGCUCACCUGGUCUGGUGCGAGCCAAUCAGAGCUCGCCACCUGUCAGGCAACGAGUUUCCCAGCAGACUCUGCUUCUAGGGAAAGGUCUCAAAGGGUCUGGUCAAGACCAGGUGCUGCUCCGAGCUCAGAUGCUGAUUCUUACAUCUGCUAUGCGACCUGCUUCUUCCUCCUCUAGCUCCUCCUCCUCUUCUUCCCUCUCCUCUAACCCUGCUUCUGCCCAGCUCCAGAGUCUCAGCCUCAGACCUCCUCCUCCACCACCUCCUCCUCUUGCUCCACCCUCCAGUACAGCACUUACCCUGCCCCCGACCCUCCGUCUCAAGCCUUCAUCGUCCUCAGCACCACCACCACCACUUUCUCGCCCUAAUGCCCCGCUGUUCCCACCUCUAAGGCCUCGACCGCAGCCAAAUACCACAGUGACAGAAAGUCCAACCACGCCUAUUCGCCAUCUCUCUGUCCCACCUCCAACUCUGUACUCUCCGGUGCGAGCUGUUCCUCUGAGGCCCAGACUUCACUCACCCAACGGUCACAGAGCAUCAUCCCCAUGUCAGACCUUGACCUUUCAGCCAAUCACUGCUCCCCCUAGCAGUCAGGCAACAUCUAACAACCGGCCCCUGACUGGACUCAAGAAUGGUACCUCAACUUCAAAUGUGUCCAGUUCUGCUCAACCCUUGAAAAACCCAUCAGCUCCAUUGCACUUUGAUCGUCCGCCGUCGGCAGCGAGACAGCUGCAGAUCAUAGCCCUCUCCUCAGGCCGCCAGCAACAACCAGGAACGUUUGGCCAAAGUACGUUGCAGUCAUCUCCACCUCCACCUCCACCUCCACCUCCUAUGGUUACUGGGCUCUCUGAACUCUCCAGGCUGUCAAAACGGACAUUAAGCAGCGAUGACACAAUUCCUCUUCCUCUAAAAACGACACCCCUUCUGUCUUCGCCGCCGUCACUCAAAAGUCCAGCCUCUCCGCCAACUCACAGAGGACCAAAGGAGAGCUUGGAGUUUGGAGGACGAGGGGCUGGUCUGGUAAUCAAAGAGGAGGCGGGUGUUAGUAAGGACCUGAGAUUGGUUAAAAAUGACCAAAAAGAGAAGGAGGUGGAGCAGAAGGAGUGGACGGCUACCAAGAAGGAACAGGAGGUGGAGCCAAUAAGCAAAGAGGAGAAGGAGGAAAAGAUGGAGGCGAUGGAGAAAGGACAGGAUAAACAGGAGGACAGCAAGGUGAAGAAAAAGAUCGUGGAAGACAAGGAGGAGAAGGAGAAGGAGCAGGCACACAGUGCCAUAAAUCUGCCUGUGAAACUGACCACUAAUCAGCUUCUCCAUCAGAACCAGAAUCCAGAUCCCAUUCUAAGAUCUGACACCGUAAAAGACUCGACUACAGAGCUCAAACCCAGUCUGGGUCCUUUUACCUCUUCUCUUUCACAGCAGACCUCAGUUCCAGUCCAAGCUCCGAUUCCAGUCCAGAUUUCUAUACCAGUUCAAAUCCCAGUCCCGGUCCCAGUCCCAGUCCAAAUCCCAGUCCCGGUCACAGUCCCAGUCCAACUCCCUGUCCCGAUGCAGUCUCCCGUACCGGUGCAGAACUCUCACCCUGUUCAAAUCCCAGUCCCUGCAGCACCUCCUGUCUCAGAUGUCAGUGUCCAAGGUCAGAGGCUGCAGGAGUCACAGCGAGAGCUGGUGUCUGUCAGUCAGGAGGACUUCUGUGAAAACAUGUCCAUACAGUCGGCAGAGUCAGCUGUGUCCAGUCUUUCUUCUCAGUCUCCGCCUGUAUCUCCUGUGGUCGUCACACCAUCAGCAGAAAAACUUCCUCCUCUCCUCCCCGUACAGCAGCCUGAGAACGAUGAUGAUGCAGUGGUUGGAUCAGCGUCACAACUAGAGCAGCAGCAGCAGCAGAGCCAGCAGCUGUCUGACGCCCGACCCAAGCUUCUUCUUUUCAACCAAUCAGAAGAGGAGGCAGAGGGCGUCAACCAAUCCCUGAGCAGCCCCUGGGAGCCAAGGGAGUGGCCAGAAGGACGAGAGGUUCUGACUCACCUGGUUGAAGGUUUUGUCAUCCAGGAGGGACUGGCCCCGUUCCCUGUACGUACACCUGUCAAAUGCCAUGUGAACCGUUCCUCGUUGCUACUUCCUGAGCAAGUCCCGCCCACACAGGAAGUAAACGGGGCCGAUGGAGGAGCAGCAGAGGUGACAGAAUCCUCAUCGUCGUCAUUACCUGUGACAGAAAAAAGGAAAGCACAGGAGCACUCCACCGACUCGGAGGAGGAGGACGGGGGUGACGCAGACAACGUCAAGAGCAGGUCAACUCAUCGGGAGAGAACGGUGCUGCACUGUCAGUUCUGUGGUAAGAGAGGCCACGCCCACAACUUCAUGAGGUCCAAACGCUUUUGCUCCACAUCCUGUGCACGCGGGUUCAACGUCCGUCUGACAAAACGUCUGCGGGCUCUGAGUGCAGGCGGGCGUUCAGAGCGACCACGGCCUGCACUGAACAGGGCAGAGUCUGUGCCUGGGAAGCCUUUGUUACUGCGGCUGCCUCGGGAUCUGUGGAGCGCAGGUCGGCGUGAGAAAGAGGAGAAAGAAAAGGAGGCCAUGGCAGUGGAGGAGGAGGAGCAGGAGGAGGAAGAAGCGUACGAAGAAGAAGAGGAGGAAGAGGAAGACAUGGAAGUUGGAGGAGGAGAGGAAGAGGAAGAGGAUGAAGAUCAAGAGGGUGAAGAUGACUCCACCUCUGCCCCCAUCAGCACCAUGGUGACAGCGAGGGUGGAGCACGCCAGAGUGGGCAGAGCGAGAAGGGCGUCGGCGCCGGCCAUGACCACACCCACCUUUACGUACAAGCCUUCCCCCUCUGAGUGGAGUGUGGAGGAAGUCUCCGCCUUCAUCCACACUUUGCCAGGUUGCAGAGACGUAGCAGAGGCCUUCAGGCUGCAGGAGAUCGACGGCCAGGCUCUGCUGCUGCUGACUGAGGACCACCUAAUGACCAGCAUGAACAUUAAACUGGGACCAGCACUGAAGAUCUGUGCUCAUAUCAAUGCACUGAAAAACCAGUGAAAAAAAAGAAACAGACAACAGGAGGAGGGGAGGGAGAGAAAGAGGGGGAGUGGAGGGAGAAGGACCAAAAGGAAAAUAGAAAAUAGAUGUGGGGGGGGCAGGAAGAUUCAGAAGAACAUAAAUGACAUCAGGAUGGAUGUAAGAAGAAGAAGAACACGCAGAGAGACUUUUGUAAAAAGUAAGAGCAACAAUAACUGUGGGGGUGAGAAGAAGAAUGAGGAAGAGGAGAGGAAGAAAAAAUAUUUUAGGAAGAUACUGAAGAACUGAUUAGAACUGUAAUUAAAAAGAUUGAGAAGAGAAAAAAAUUACCAAGAAAAGGAGUAGAAAAUGUAAAAAAAACAAGGAUAAAAAAAGGAAUACAACAAAAGGUGGACAUGGACAAAACAGAGUAGCAAAACAACAUCCAGGUUAAAAAAGACACAAAGCACUAAUGACAAAGAAGUUGGGAAAGAAGAAAAGAAAAAUAAGAUUUAACAUGAACGGAAAUCCACCAAAAAUGUAAAACAAACACAAAAAAAGAAACAUAAAAGCUGGAUUUCAAAGAAAAAAGUACAACGGUUAAACCGAGGCGUGGUCUCAGAUUGUGAAUUGUAGCAGGGCACCACCACCAGGGGGCGGGGUUUGUAACUUUGUGUAUAUUUUCCACGCUGCUGGAGUGUAAAAAUGUGAAGCUAUUUCACCAAGGAUUUUCAAACAUUUAAUAUAUUAAAAAAAUCGUCUAUAUUUAGUUUUUUUUUAGAGUGUGACGUCACUGACCAGUAGCUGUAACCUAACUCGCUGUGUCUGCCAGGAAAUAAUAUUCAUAAUAAUAACAAUAAUAAUGAUGAAGACAAACAUAGACCUGUAAGUGAUUGAUUAAAGUUUUACCGUUUUAUAAAAUGAUAAUCUGGACACAAACAUGUCUGUGGAUUAAAAAAAACUAUCAGGGUGGAGGCAAGUGUCUUCAAUCGUCACAUUUUUAUGGUUCACCGCUCAAAAUUUAUUUAAUAAAUGAUGAAUUUAAUCAAA